AUGGUGUCUGUGAUAUUAUUCCUAGUUCCUCUAGUUACUCAUUAUUAUUUAUCUAAGUAUGAAUCAUCUUCAAUGCUAGGAUUAAAUGCAAUGCAUAAUUUAGAUUCAUUAGCUGAUAUAUCAACUGUAAACCCAGACGACUUAAAACUUAGGAUAAAAGUAAUGUUAAGAAUCAAGACCUUACAUGAAUACAAAACAUGGAAUACCUUGGUCGGUGGCAAAUUGGAAACUGAGUCUGACUAUACCUACAAUAGAAAAGUUUGUGACAAACAUUUCACAGACAGGGAUCGAAACCGUUACAAGAGACUUAAUGCACUUGCCGUCCCAUCACUUCAUUUGUUGGACAACUUUGCUGUGCUUGGAGAUAGCAACAGGGUCUCAAGCAAGAAUCAAGCUCUUCUAAAACAAAAAAAAGAGGAACCAAAAAUACCGUACUUCGAUACCUGCAGCGAGAUUUGUCGCUUACGUAAGAGAGCGAAAUCUUUCAAAGACAGACUAUCCCUGGCCGCUAAAUUGUGCAAAGUCAAUGCCUUUGGAGAGGUGGUGAAAAAUAUGAGCAAAUGA